CUCUCCAGCACAUUGAAUAUGAUUGAUUUAACACCGUAUAUUUUGCUCUAAUGGGUGUGUUAUCUAGCAGUCGCCGUGCAUUAUGGCACUGCGCGUUUCCACUCUUGCUGCUAGUGGUCUGCUCCACCGCAUACAGCCAGCUUUCAGACGACACGCUUCGUUCACUGCCCAAGCCCGGCAGCGACUUUGACAUCCAUGAGGGCAAAAUCCUCUCACCAAUCCUACAGACACGCGUGCCCGGAACACCCGGCUCGACGGCCGUUCUCAACCACUUUGCCAGCUUCUUCCGCACCGCGUUGCCAGACUGGACCCUCGAGUUUCAGAACUCAACCGCGAGGACACCCGUGUCGGGAGACAAGGAGGUCCCCUUCGUCAAUUUCAUCGCGUACCGCGACCCGCCCUGGGCAGCGCAGGGAGAUUCCGGCAGACUCACGCUUGUCGCGCACUACGACAGCAAGCUCCAGCCCGAGGGCUUCAUCGGCGCGAUUGACAGCGCCGCGCCGUGUGCGAUGAUAAUGCACGCGAUGAGGAGUAUUGAUAGUGCAUUGACCGCGAAAUGGAACGAGAUCGACGCACAGGGCCAUGCGGGCCUGGACAUUGACGAGAAUACCGGGAUACAAGUGCUUUUUCUCGACGGUGAAGAGGCCUUCAAGGACUGGACUGCGACGGAUUCCCUGUACGGCUCUCGCUCGCUGGCCGAGCACUGGGAGCAGGCCUACUACCCGGCCAUGUCGCCGUUCAGAACACAGCUUUCGUCGAUCACACUAUUCGUACUGCUCGAUCUCCUUGGAUCAAAGAGUCCAACGAUUAGGUCGUACUUCCCUACUACACAUUGGGCAUACCAGAACAUGGCUCGGCUGGAAACCCGCUUACGGGAGCUGCGCCAAUUCAAGUCUGCCCCCGAUAAUGGGGAGGGGGGCGGUGGUUGCACGAUACAAGACGACCACCUUCCCUUUCUCCGCCGCGGAGUCGAGGUUCUGCAUCUUAUUGAUUUCCAUACUGGUAAGGGAUUUCCCGAUGUCUGGCAUACGAUGGAUGAUGAUGCCGAGCAUCUCGACAUUCCCACCGUCGAGGAUUGGGCGACUCUUGUCACUGCGUUUGCGGCAGAGUGGAUGGACUUGGAAGGGUAUUUUCAGCCAGCGCCGUCGGCGGCGGCGGCGUUAUAUAGUAGGAAGACUGAAUUGUAA